AGUCAGCGGAGCAGCAAGCUGAGCUGCUGCUGACUUUUAAGAAUGGUGGGUUUUCAUCGUCAUCUUCAUCAUCAUCUUCGUCUGCCUUCUCACAGUCCCAGGAACCGCAGCAGGACUUUUCUCCCCUGUCUGCACUGGGCCUGCAGCGGGUGGGCGAAGAGAGACCUUCACCAUCCAAAGAGCCGAGCAUACAGUUAAACCGCCGAGGAAUGCCUGCGCGCGAUGAGAAAGAAAAACCGCUUGUAUUAUGAUGAUGACCUUGUGAGCUCCCCCACACAGAUGAAGUCUCCCAAGAAAACGCCUCGGGGAACGCCUAAGAAACAACCAAAUCCACAACCCAUGCCACUUGCUCCAGUUAAACUAGGCGAAGGCAUCAGUGCUCCUCACAGUAAUCCAGUGAUUGCCAUGGAACCACAAACCAUCACCACCCCAGACAAAAAAGUGGCACAGCAAAAUGGCGUAAGGUUGCGGAAUUUUCUGAAGCUCCCACAGGCUCACAAAUGGGUGUACUUUGAAUGGUUCUAUUCAAAUAUUGACAAACCUUUGUUUGGUGGUGAGAAUGACUUUCAAAUUGUGUUGAAGGAAGCCUUUCCACAACUACAAACACGCAAACUAACGCGUCGACAGUGGGCAUGA